AUGGCUACUGAGAAGCCCCUCGUUCGUGACGUCGAUGUCGUGGUCAUUGGUGCUGGCAUAUCUGGCAUAAACAGCGCCUAUCACUUACAGACCAGAUGUCCCAACCUUUCUUACACUAUCCUUGAGGGUAGACGAGAGCUUGGAGGAACUUGGAGUUUGUUCAAGUAUCCUGGUAUCCGAUCAGACUCUGACUUACACACUUUCGGAUUUUCAUGGGAGCCAUGGAACCAACCACAGGCGAUAGCUGAAGCUGAUGCUAUAAAGACGUAUUUGGAGUCCACUGCUAAGAGACACCAUAUCGACGAGAAAAUCCAGUAUGAGCACUUUGUGCAUAAACUUAGCUGGAGCACUUCAGACCAGAGAUGGACUUUAGACGUUGAGCAUAGAGGAGAGAAGUUAACUUAUCAUUGCCUAGAGGAUUUCAAAGGCACGAUAGUCCAUCCGCAAUUCUGGCCCGAAGAUCUCGAUUACAAGAACAAGAACGUCAUCAUCAUUGGCAGUGGUGCAACAGCUGUUACUCUUCUCCCAAAUCUCGCUAAAGAUGCAAAGAUGGUCACUCAGGUUCAGAGAAGUCCAGGCUAUUUCCUCGUCCUACCCGAAAAUGAUCCUGCAGACGCUUGGAUAAAAGCCAAGCUGCCAACCUGGAUAUCACGUCGCUUGAUCAGGUUCAAAUACCUUCUCGGUGGACUCCUCAUCUAUAACUACUGCCGUUUGUUCCCUGAAGCUGCUCGCAAAAUGCUCAGGAAAGGAAUAGCACAACAGCUACCUGAAGGAACCGACAUGGAUCCACAUUUCAAGCCCAGCUAUAAACCUUGGGAUCAGAGAAUGUGUAUCACGCCAGGUGGGGACUACUUCAAAGCAUAUCGUGAAGGCAGAGCAGAGAUCAAAACAGGCAAGAUUAAGACAGUAACCGGGGAUGGUCUGAUUAUGGAAUCUGGCGAAGAAGUGAAAGCAGACAUUAUCAUCACUGCAACAGGUCUCAAGAUCCAAGUCGGUGGUGGUGCGCAGCUGCUCGUCGACGAUAAACCUGUCGACCUCGCUGACAAAUUUCUCUGGAAGGGCUGUAUGCUUCAGGAUGUGCCUAAUCUCUGGUACGUUAUAGGCUACGCAAAUGCAUCCUGGACGCUGGCUGCCGAUGCUAGCGCCCGCCUGUUCACGAGAAUGAUCAACAACAUGGAAGCUGGUGGCAAGAAGAUUGUCGCUCCGUAUCUCACUGCUGAACAGCAGAAGCAGAUGGAGAAGGAUAAUGUUCAGAUGCUACCGCUCAACUCAACGUAUGUGACCAGCGCGAUGACCAAGCGAGCAGUUCCACGAGCUGGCAAGAGUGGCAACUGGAAGCCGAGGGUAAAUUACUUCUUGGACAUGUACCGAGCGGUAUUUGGUGAUAUCAAGAGUGGCGUACGGUACAACUGA